AACUGAGCGUGCGCAGUGACGUUAUCGACUAACAAGGGUCUCCAUUUUGAACUUUUGCACGCAAACACGGUGCGGUCAAAUUGAUUUCUUUUCAAGCUGAGCGAGGAUCUUUUCCAGACGCAACGAUGGCUGAUCCAGCAACAGAUGUAGAUCUCCCAGAGGGCUCAGAGGUUCGCAAACUGUCGGACCUGAGGGUUAUUGAUCUGAAGGCCGAGCUGAAGAAACGAAACUUGGACACCACUGGCGUUAAAAGCGUGCUGUCGGAGCGCCUGAAAAAGGCUAUCGAGGAGGAGGGUGGAAACCCUGACGCUAUUGUUAUUUCACCCGAGUCGGCGUCCAAGAAAGCUACGCCGAGGCGGGCAGCUCGAGAUGUCAGACAGGAGAACGAUGAACCCGAGGACGGCAAUUUAGAAGAGGACUCCCGUGACGGCAAUGAUGAACAUGAGAACAUGCAGGACAUGGACAUCCUGGACAUGAACGUGCUGGAUGAAGCCGAGCAUGACAGCGCAAUGCCAAUGGAAGACGACGUGGACGAGCUGGGCAAUUUACUCAAUGGGGACGAGGAGGAGCACCUGGGCGACGACGAUGAUGAUGAUGAUGAUGAUGACGAGGUAACUCUCGACUCUGAAGAUGAGGUGAACGAGUCUGGGCGGAUGGAUAAAGAUGACGAUAUGUUCUCCUCACUUUAUAUGACUCCGGAUGCAGGUCCAGACAGCCUGAUAGAAGAAACAGAAAAUGACAAAGUAGCUGGGUCUUGUUUAUCUGAGCCGCUUAUCGAAGACCGCCACCAGAGCCGCGAGAUGAGCGCCGAAGAUGAUCAGGCCGCCGCCUCUGCCGACGCCGAAGGGGAAGACAUGUUGUCCACCGACACUGCGGCCAAAACCGACGCGCCUGCCUCCGGGGAUGCGGAAAUCGACAAGGAUGCUCUUGAGACGGACGCCACCGAGGCCAGGGAUGCGGAGAAGGUCCCAGAAGAGACAUUGGACAGUGAAAAGGGCUCGCAAGCUGUUAGUGUAAGCGAACAGGACGUUGGGGGUGAAACUGUUGGUUCAGAAUUGGGGUCUAAGAAGGGGGAUGAGGAUGAGAAGACUGAAGAGAAUGCCAGUGCGGAUUCAUCCUCGGCAGUGAAAGAGUCCUCCUCUGUAGAGGGCGAUGAUCAGAACAAGAGUUGUCAAGGCUCAGACUCCAAGGACGAGUCAAAGGAUGAAAAGGCCACUGGGAGCAGGAAUCUGUGGGUCAGCGGUCUCGCCUCCACAACCAGGGCGACCGAUCUGAAGACGCUCUUCAGCAAAUAUGGCAAGGUUGUUGGUGCCAAGGUGGUGACCAAUGCCAAGAGUCCCGGGGCACGCUGCUACGGUUUCGUCACGAUGUCUUCCACAGAUGAGGCUGCCAAGUGUGUCAGCCAUCUUCACCGGACUGAGCUGCACGGCAAGAUGAUCUCUGUGGAACGGGCUAAAAAUGAGCCAGUGGGCAAGAAGCCAGCAGACAGCGAUGGCAAGAAGUCAGGCAACGAUCGGAGACGCUCUUCUGACUCCAAGUCUGAUGGAAAGGAUGAGCGGGAAGGCAAAGGGGACGAGAGGACUGUUGUCAUGGACAAGUCCAAGGGGGAGCCUGUUGUCAGUGUCAAGGCCAAAAGUAAAGAGCGGAGCUCCAAGAGUCAGGACCGCAAGUCCUCCAGUAAGGAGAGGAAGGGCAUCUUGUCCUUCGACCAGAUCAAGGAGCAGCGCGAGCGAGAGAGGCAGAGGCAACGUGAGCGGGAGAUGCGAGAGGCGGAGCGCCGCAGAUACACAAAUCGCGGUCAUGACAACCGCCCAGACCGCGAGCGUGAGCGAAUCCGCAUGUUCCGGGAGAAAGAGGAGCGGAAGCACUUGAUGAAGAAGAGACACUGGCUGGAGACCGAGAGGCAGCGUCUUGAUGCAGACCGCAUGGAGCGCCAGUACCUGGAACGGGAAAGGAUGCGCAUCGAGUACGAGAGGCGGCGAGAGCAGGAGAGGAUCAUGAGGGAGCGCGAGGAGCUCCGAAGGCAGCAGGAGCAGCUACGCUACGAGCAAGACAGACGGCCCAUGAAGAGGCCAUGUGACAUGGAUGGCAGGAAAGACGACUGGCCCGACAAGCGCAUGAACAUGGAUGACAGAUACGGCCGCUCGGACUUUGGCCGACAGGAUCGCUACCAGGACUUUGACCACAGGGACAGAGGGCGCUACCAAGACGACAUGAGGGACGGCGGUCGUGGUAUGGCUGACAGAGAUGGUCCGCAUUUCUCAGACAGACACGGUCGAGACUCGUGGGGUGGAGGCUAUGACAAGCGCAUGAACUCCAGGGAUGGGGGGCGUGACUGGGACGCUGGGAGGAAGAUGGAUGGCGAGCGGCCGUGGCAAGGUCGUGACGGUGGUAUCCCUGGCAUGGCACGUGGGGGAGGAAUGGCAGGACGUGGAGGCUACAUGAACUCGUCCCAGUCUCUCUCCGGGGCGCUCAACCGCCAGAACCAAAUGAUGCAGGGCGGCGGCAUGCAGGGCGGAGCCUUCAAUCGACGUUUCUAAUCUUUUAGAGUGUAAGCGAGACGGCGCUGGUGGGUGUGGCUACUAAAAGGAGGAUUUCUACUUUUUUCUUUUUUCUAAGCUUUCCCUUUUCUACGUCAUGUGGUCAUGCUUUGUGUUGUCAGUGGGAAUGUUCUAGUGACACAUGGUUGAUGGACCUAAUCAGCACACCCUACCCCUCAGCAAGCCACCUGCUGGGGCUGAUUGAUGAUGAUGACUAUUUAUGUUCACACUUCUCUGCUUGUGAAUCCAACAAUAAAACACAUUUGCUUUCUUUAAACGUGCGUUUUCACUUUUAAUUCUUGACUUCAAAAGAUAAAACUGGAAGUCAUGUGAAGACAGACAAGAAUGAAAUGACAGUACUUUCAAUAAAAUCAUUUCAAAUGAUGUGAACUCUAUAAAUGCUGUUUUUUGUCAGCUGAAGGAAAGUGAAAGCCAGCCCCUGCCUGUGAUGAUGAUGAUGAUAUGAAAGCUGUCAUUGAAAAUGCUAAUAAAUACUCGACACGGAGCGCUCAUUCAAAACGGAAGAAAUCAUAAGAAUUCCUGGUAAUAUCGUUUCAGGUUCGUCGUGGUAAUCGCAUAUUCGUUCCAAAUUCAACCCGAUGGCAUCCAUGUGCUACGGAGCCCUGAGGACACUUCCGGUCAUAGUACCUUCAAAUAGGGAAAAUGGGGUGCAAGUACAUGAUUCAAUUUCCAUCUGCAGCACUUGCGCACCCAGUACUGUACACGUGUUGACGAAUGACGUCAUACCGUGACAAUAUGAGCAAGUUGUUUGGCUCGUCUUUUGAAAAUAAAAUGCUAACAUCCGGUCCUACGGAGUGCUGCUGGAAACACAUCUCUGUGAGUUCCGGUACUGGAAAGGAAACACUGAUGAGCCAUACUUGGGAUUCAGUCACUUGCGUGCGCUGCUCAUCCUGGGCGUAAACACGCGCAUCACAAGCUCAGCUCCUAUGCUGCUCUUAAUUAGAAGUUUCACCGCAAACAUCCGCUCUCAACACGGAAGUAGCGGAAACAGAACGAGUUUGGACUAUGUUGGAUUUAUGAGAUUUUCAGGAGCUUUCCAUCGCUGUCAUGUAUUUCAUGUCCGUGAAAUACGUCAAUCACCAUUGACUGCAUUUUUACUGCAUUCACGUGAUUGGAAUCAUGACUUGCAUGAGACGUAUGUACGCUAUGUACAGUACACUGUAUACGUGCAGUAUAUAUACGGUAUACACACCACCAAGGUACAUAUCAACAUAUGCAGUAGAAAGUUUCUUUUGACUAAAUAAGAACGUGAGCCCUGCUUUUAAGACAGACGUUGCAUAUGUGGUCUGGGCGUGUCAUGUGACCCUCCACAUAUAUCAGGGUCGGGGUGAUGCCGCCACGACGCGGCGUGUUCAAGCUCCGCCCUCACUGGUUUCUUCCACUCGUGUGUUUCAUGAUUUCUUGAUGCUGACAGAUAUUGGCAGGAUGAUGCAGAAGAAGUGCUUUGCUUUGUGAUGACGUGCACUGACAGGGCAUGAUUGUCACCUCAUGUGUUCUAUUGUGUUCUUUGUUUUCACACACGUCACCCGUCCAACGCCAAGCAGGAAGUGCGUGAUGUAACGGAGACGUAAAGAUCGGGCUUUCGUGGUCUGAUGUGAGUGUGUGCGUGUCAAGGUUGGUACAUGCUUGACGUGCACAGCAGCAGAUGUUCUAGAGGAGCACUCGUGCUGCCAGUGAGGAAAUGAAUUUGCUUGGAGGGAAACACUUGACAGCCGUGCUCAUCCUUCAAAUACACAACAUACGCACUACACACUAGUUUAUUGGACCAUCUCAUCUGCACUCUUCACUCUUCAUCUUGGUUGUUUCAUGGAAUGAUUUAUGGAACUUUAUGUCAUGACUUCAUGUUUUUAUGGAAUGAUUUGAUGAAGUCAUUUAACCAUCUUUUCUGAAAAGCACUUUUUAAAAUGGCCUUGUGCAUGAAUUGUACCUUGCCGAUGUCUCAUAUAUAACAUGCUAUAGCUAACAAAUACCAUGCUAUAGCUAACAUAUAACAUGCUACAUCUAAGAUGGAGCAUUUUACACGUGACACCUA